UGUGUCUCUACUACCUGUCUAAAAUGCUACUCGAUUUAAAAGAAUUUUGAAGAAGUUUGGGCGUAAAUUGACGUUGAAUUACACCUACAAUCUUAGGCCUUCAAUAUCAAAUUGAACUUGAAACACUAUUGUACUAGCAGCAUGCAAUGGCGGGAAUGAAGUAUUCCCGUCAGUGAUACAAUAAUUUAAAAUGGACGCCAUGGAGUGAUUGUAAACAUAACACUGUAAACUAAACCACCAAUGACCAAAAUUCCAACAUGACUUCUAAAAAAAGGGUUGAAAACAGGUCUUCCACUGAUUCGUCCACAGGUUCUUCGUUCGAAAGUUCCAGCAGUAGCUCAAGCAGUGGUUCCGAUUCCUGCAGCACAAGUGAUUCAGAAAGUUCGAGUUCUCAAGGAACACACAAUCAACAAAAUGUAUCCGAACAAAAAAAGACAACGCCUAUAAUUAAAGCACAGAGAAAAAGUACAGAGACUACUGGAAAACAAAAUACUAAAAUAAAACCUAAACCUCAACCUACCAAACAAAUAAAACAACCGCCAAAACCGAAUAUAUAUUCGUCUGAUGAUGAUGAUCAACCUCCAAAGCCUCAAAUUGCAGCGAAAAUAACACAAAAGCGAAAAAGCAAUCCAAAACCAAAAACAAGUGCUACUGUUGCAGUAAAAUCAACGCAUACUGCAAGUAAACAUCCGCCACCAAAACAAAAGCAGAUGACAGGGAAUCCCAGCCAUAAUGCCAAGUCAAACAAGGCAAGGAGUGUGAAAAGAGAAGACAGCAAGAAAAAGAGCAUAUUUUCCCCAGAGAAUAGUUCCGAAUCUGAUAAUAACACUGCUAAAUUGAAUGCAAUUAAAGUACAAGCUAAGAACUCCAAUCAAAAACCGAGAACAAAAGCCUCUCCGAGAACGGUGGCCAAAUCAAAACAAGACAAGACAAAAGUAGUAGAAGCUAAACUUCCACCCAAAGUUAAACAACCAGUUAGCUCAGCAAGCUCAAUAUCAACUUCAACCGAUAGCAGUAACACAUCCGACAGUGACAGCAGCGCCAACUCUUCCGCCUCAAACAACCAAAACAAGAUAACUAAAACUCCAACUCAAAAGAAACUAAACAAAGAAAGCAAUUCGGAAUCUGAAAAUGAGCUGACUUCGAAACAAGUUACUAGAAAACUGACACGUUCGUCAAGCACCCGUAAAUCCAAGCACGUAUUGGGUAAAAAUGUUUAUUCCGAUACCGAUUCCGAUACUGAGAGCACCAAGCGAUCCCUCAGCCGCUCUCCCGUCAAGCGUGCGCCCGUUUCGAGCAAAGGAAAGACAAAAAAUACAAAGAGAAACGAGGCCAAAUCUCGCGCUAGCGAAAUUAUAAUAAUGGAGGAGCGUAAAUGCCCGCUGGAAGACUGCGACAGUAACGGCCAUUUGGGUGGUCGUCAAGAUAAACAUUUUACAAUCGAAGCCUGCCUCACCUAUCACAAUGUUUCGCCCGCCGACACCAAGGAACAUUACCUGGACAGGAAAAAACGCGAAGAAAUGAGGAAGAAAAUGUUCGAAAGCUGGAAGAAGAUGCAGCGUGGGCAAGUAACAUUGGAACAAAAGCAAAACACUCAAAAAAUUAAGGAGAUGCGCGCGAAGUUCAAAUCGGAGAACAUAGAUGGCCCAACUAGUCUUGAUAAAAAUCGCGAGCCAAAUUUGAAUAAUAUUGUGCCGGAUUACGAUCUGAAGCUGUUUAGAGACGCUCAGGCGAUAGCCAGUGAGAAGAUUGAGGAGGAUUUGAAAUCGCUUCCUAACACAAAGGGGACUAAAUACAUCGAAAUGGGCAAGUUUGAGAUGGAGGUGUGGUAUCAAAGCCCAUAUCCAGAGGACUACGCGCGGUUGCCCAAGCUGUACAUAUGCGAGUUCUGCCUCCGUUAUAUGAAGUCUCGUACGGUUUUAUUAAGACACAUAGUGAAGUGCGUGUGGAGACAUCCUCCAGGUGAGGAAGUGUAUCGUAAGGACAAGAUUUCCGUGUGGGAAGUUGAUGGGAAGCGUUACAAACAGUAUUGUCAAAAUUUAUGUUUGCUAGCUAAGUUUUUCUUAGAUCACAAAACUCUGUAUUAUGAUGUUGAACCGUUUUUAUUCUAUGUAAUGACGAUGUCAGACAGUGAAGGAUGCCACACUGUUGGCUAUUUUAGUAAGGAAAAAAAUUCUUUUCUCAACUACAACGUUUCGUGUAUUUUAACUUUGCCUCCGUACCAACGCCAGGGAUACGGUAGACUGCUAAUCGAUUUCAGUUAUCUACUAACAAGAGUCGAAGGUAAAAUCGGGUCACCCGAAAAGCCCCUAAGCGACUUGGGAUUAAUAUCGUACCGAUCGUAUUGGAAAGAUGUACUUUUAGGAUACUUGUGCUCUCGGGCAGGUACCACCCUCUCCGUUAAAGAUAUCAGUCAAGAAAUGGCAAUUCACUCCUACGACAUUGUCUCGACUCUUCAAGCUUUGGGUAUGAUGAAGUACUGGAAGGGUAAACACAUUAUUCUAAAGAAACAGGAUGUCCUCGAUGAAUACGUCGAACGAGUUAAGCGAAGAGGUUCGCUACUAAAAGAAGUCGACCCCUCGUGUUUGAGAUGGAAACCGUUUGUUCCCCCACAACCUGUGCCUGUAUAGAAUUAAUUGUAUUUGUUGCUGUAUGUAUUAAUAUUUAUUGUAAAUAAUUUUAAUCUUGCUUGGUAGGGUUUUAUCAAGGCAAUGCAGUGCGGGUAGUUUUGGAUCAAUGGUUAAACUACUGCAUUGUAGCAAUUUUAAUACUCUUGUUCUUUUUUACUUGAUGUAAUUAUUAAACAUUUAUGACCGCCGAAA